AUGAGCAGCGGCAUUCACCGAAAGCGUUUGGCUUGCGUGGAAUGUACUCGUCGUAAAGUCAAGUGCGACAAGAUUCUUCCAUGCCGUAACUGCGCCAGAAAAGGCACCCCAUGCACUCGGCCGCGCGAGCGGGCUUCCCCGAACCCCAGUGUUGCUGCGUCCGAGGGACAUGAGCGGCACAUUUUUUUUCGGUCGAGCGCAGAUUCUCCACAGGUGAUUGAGAGGCUUCAGUCUCGGGUCAAUCAGCUUGAGUCGGCGCUGAAAGAAGCUACCGAGACCGCAUCACGUCCGACCAUACCGAGGCCCCAAGUGCAGCUCAACAGCAAUUCAUUCUCGCCGGCCGAGUCAGUUCCAAUCGAAGCCUCUCCGAGAACUCCGCCUACUUCGACUCCCACGGUACAUACGAUACAUACCGAGGCAGAGAAUACGCCGAAUGAAGUGGAAGAUGCAGCGACAAUCCUUGAAUUUCUAGCCUGGGGUCGCCGCAAGGAUCCCAUUUAUCAUGAUGAGAUCGCAAAAAGAAACAAUAUUGACCAUUCUCCCGGUGAUAUCCCGGCGGAGGAUGACUGGGAUGAUAUCCGCACGCAGCGGAUAUCCGCAGGAUCAUUCUCUCAGGCCCUACUGCCUACGAAAGCAAAAGUCUAUCAAUUGGUAGAUUACCACUGCACAUGUUUGCUAUGGUACCAUGGGGCGUUUCACGCAAAGACCUUCAUGCAAGAGCUUAACGAAUUUUAUGAGAAGGGAGAUGGCCGCGUCGAUGGGUCCUGCGUCAAUUUACAAUGGGUAUCCCUUCUGUUCGCUGUCCUCACGGGGUCCAUGGCUAGUGCACCGUCGUCAAUGGCACAAUCAUGGGGAUUCCGAGGACGAGAAAGAAACUCUCUCUCUAAGCGCUGGCUUAAGGCCUCGAUCGCCUGUUUGCAUGAAGCCGAUUACAUGGCGUGUCAUUCUAUCUACUCUGUCGAGGCAAUAGCGACUCUUACUAUAUCCGCACACAUGCUUGGCCAUUCGAAUGGAUUCUCGGUACUCCUUGCCUCGGGUGUUCGCAUAGCUCAAGGACUUGGACUUCAUCAACUUGGCGAAGAAAGUGAUGCUCGGGCGACCGAUGUCGUAGGUCGAGAAGUUGGCCGGCGUAUCUGGUGUCAGCUGUGCAUUCAAGAUUGGUUUUCAAUUCCAUUCACCGAGAGCUAUUUGAUUCAUCGGCUAGGGUUCAAUACUAAGAAACCGCAAAACUGCAACAAUGAUAUUUGCAGUCUUCCAGAGGAUCAUCCGACCGUGACCAGCUACUCGCGUUUAUUCUACGAGAUUGCAGCGCUGAUGCCAGAUCUCCAGGAUGAUGUCACCUCGUGCAACACUUUGUACACCAAAUAUGAAGAAGUCCUGAAGUACGAUCGACGACUGCGCACUUUAGCAACACAGCAUCUUCCAUAUUACUUGCAGAAUGUACAUUUGGAUCCAGCGUGGCCGUGCUACGUGCCAUGGGCACGACGCAGCUUGGCCAUCAGCUCUGCGCACAAAGUGAUCAUGAUCCACCGAAAGUUCUUGAGCUUGAGCUUCGUGAACCCAAUGUUCGAAUUCACUCGCAAAACGUGUGUGGCGGCCUCAAGAACAAUCAUCAAGGAGCAGAAAGAGGCUACUCGAGAUGGUGGGCCGAUGUUGUGGAUUCAUCAAGCGUUCAGCGUCACUGCAAGCAUCAUUUUGUGUCUAGAAAUGUGCCAUCAGCCCGGCCCAGACCGCCAAUCCGCCGAGCAUCGGCAGCUCAUUGAGGAUGGAAUUGAGAUCCUUACACACUGCGAGUCCGACAUGAUCGCUCGACGCGGUGUCUCCCUCCUCAGAGCAAUGUUGGACGCCGAGCAGAAAGGAUACAGAGAGAGGCAACAGGUCGCAGAACUUCGCGGGUCACAGUUGCUUGGUGUGGACGCAUCGCGCGACGGCAUGGACAUUGCAGGUAUUAUUCGAACAUUUUAUCAACGGGAUCAGGCAAGUUCAGCCCGACCGAUGCUUCCAAGUCGACCACCAUGGAAAGCGACCGGGCAUGAACAUUGGAGUGAAAUGACAGGUGAUGAAACGGGCAUGAUGCCAAAUGUGGAUUUCAUCGCGCCGCUAGGAGUUGAUUAUGCGGAAGGGCUAGAUGAUAUCCUAAGUUUGGCAACUAACUACCUUAAUUAG